GGACCGGCCGGUGCCGGGCCACUGCCCACCCGCUGAGGAUGAUGCCCAGCUGCUGACCCUCGCCCGGCGGAAGGAGCCCCGGACGCCAGCGCCAUGUCCGGGUCCACGCAGCCCGUGGCGCAGACGUGGAGGGCCACGGAGCCCCGCUACCCACCCCACGGCCUGCCCUACCCCGUACAGCUCGCCCGGCCCCACACGGACGUGGGGCUGCUCGAGUACCAGCACGGCCCCCGGGACUACGCCUCGCACCUGUCCCCCGGCUCCAUCCUGCCUCCCCAGCGCAGACGCCCCUCGCUGCUGUCGGAGUUCCAGCCCGGAAAUGAGAGGCCGCAGGAGCUGCAUUUGCGGCCGGAGCCACACGUGUACCUGCCCGAGCUGGAGCUCAUGGACAGCAAGCGUCCGCGCCUGGAGCUGCUGCCCUCGCCCCUGCUGCGGCCCGCACCCCUGCUUGCCGCUGGCCAGCCCGGGCUGUCAGACGACCUGGCCAAGGACCGGAGCCUGGCGGGCAAGCUGGAGCCCGUGUCCCCGCCCAGCCCGCCGCACGCCGACACUGAGCUGGAGCUGGAGCCGCCGCGGCUGUCCAAGGAGGAGCUCAUCCAGAACAUGGACCGCGUGGACCGCGAGAUCGCCAUGGUGGAGCAGCAGAUCUCCAAGCUGAAGAAGAAGCAGCAACAGCUGGAGGAGGAGGCGGCCAAGCCACCCGAGCCCGAGCGGCCCGUGUCGCCGCCGCCCAUCGAGUCCAAGCACCGCAGCCUCGUGCAGAUCAUCUAUGACGAGAACCGGAAGAAGGCCGAAGCCGCACACCGGAUCCUGGAGGGCCUGGGGCCGCAGGUGGAGCUGCCCUUGUACAACCAGCCGUCAGACACCAGGCAGUACCAUGAGAACAUCAAAAUAAACCAGGCGAUGCGGAAGAAGCUCAUCCUGUACUUCAAGAGGCGGAACCACGCCCGCAAGCAAUGGGAGCAGAAGUUCUGCCAGCGCUAUGACCAGCUCAUGGAGACGUGGGAGAAGAAGGUGGAGCGCAUCGAGAACAACCCGCGGCGCCGGGCCAAGGAGAGCAAAGUGCGGGAGUACUACGAGAAGCAGUUCCCCGAGAUCCGCAAGCACCGCGAGCUGCAGGAGCGCAUGCAGAACAGGGUGGGCCAGCGCGGCAGUGGACUGUCCAUGUCAGCAGCACGCAGUGAGCACGAGGUGUCGGAGAUCAUCGAUGGGCUCUCGGAGCAGGAGAACCUAGAGAAGCAGAUGCGACAGCUGGCCGUGAUCCCGCCCAUGCUCUACGACGCCGAGCAGCAGCGCAUCAAGUUCAUCAACAUGAACGGGCUCAUGGACGAUCCCAUGAAGGUGUACAAGGACCGGCAGGGCAUGAACAUGUGGAGCGAGCAGGAGAAGGACACCUUCCGGGAGAAGUUCAUGCAGCACCCCAAGAACUUCGGUCUGAUUGCCUCGUUCCUGGAGAGGAAGACGGUGGCCGAGUGCGUCCUCUACUACUAUCUGACCAAGAAGAACGAGAACUACAAGAGCCUGGUGAGGAGGAGUUACCGGCGCCGUGGCAAGAGCCAGCAGCAGCAGCAGCAGAUGCCCCGGAGCAGCCAGGAGGAGAAGGAGGAGAAGGAGAAGGAGCGCGAGGCCGAGAAGGAGGAGGAGAAGCCCGAGCCCGACAACGACAAGGAGGAGCUGAACAAGGAGAAGGCUGAUGACACCUCUGGCGAGGACAAUGACGAGAAGGAGGCCGUGGCCUCCAAGGGCCGCAAGACCGCCAACAGCCAGGGCCGGCGCAAAGGCCGCAUCACCCGCUCCAUGGCCAGCGAGGCCCACGGCGAGGAGACGGUCGCGCCGCAGCACAGCGCCGAGCUCGCCUCCAUGGAGCUGAACGAGAGCUCGCGCUGGACCGAGGAGGAGAUGGAGACCGCCAAGAAAGGCCUCCUGGAACACGGCCGCAACUGGUCGGCCAUCGCCCGCAUGGUGGGCUCCAAGACCGUGUCUCAGUGUAAGAACUUCUACUUCAACUACAAGAAGAGGCAGAACCUCGACGAGAUCCUGCAGCAGCACAAACUCAAAAUGGAGAAGGAGAGGAACGCGCGCAGGAAGAAGAAGAAAACCCCGGGGGGCAGCAACGAGGAGGCCGCCUUCCCGCCGGUGGUGGAGGAGGAGGAGAUGGAGGCCUCGGGCGCCAGCGGGAAUGAGGAGGAGAUGGCCGAGGAGGCCGACGCCCUGCACGCUGCUGGGAGCGAGGCGACGCGCGGGGAAUGCGGUCCAGCCGCCGUUGCCAACAGCUCGGACACCGAGAGCGUCCCCUCCCCCCGCGCAGAGGCCACCAAGGACGCGGGCCAGAACGGGCCCAGGCCCGCAGCUGCCCCCGGCACCCCGGCACCGCCCCCCCAGCCGCCCACCCCGCCACCCGAGGACGCCCCGGCCACCGCCGAACCCACUCCCGCCCUGGACACCGCCGGCCCGCCCACGCCCCCUCCGGCAUCCCCUUCGCCCGCCGCACCCCCGUCCCUGGUGCCCAAGGAGGAGGAGGAGGCGGCCCCCGCGGUGCUGGCCCCCGAAGGGGAGCAGGGGCCCCCUGCCAGGCAGGAGCCGGGGCUCGAGCCCGGCGCCACGGAAGAGCCACGGAAAGCAGCCACCGCUGACGCAGCCAAGAGCGACAGCCUGGAGGAGGCGGCCGAGGAGGGGCCUGGCAAGGGCAGUGUGGAGGCCAGCUCAGAGGGCGUGCCCGAGGGGGGCCUGAAGGCAGAGAAGAAGGAGGGCAGCGGGCCUGGGGGCAAAACGCUGGUGGCCAAGGUUUUGGGUGCCCCCCAGGACAGCGACUCCAGUGCCACCUGCAGCGCCGAUGAGGUGGACGAGCCUGAAGGCGGGGACAAGAACAGGCUGCUGUCCCCGCGGCCCAGCCUCCUUGCCCCGGCCAGCGACAGCAGGGCCAGUGCCUCGCCCCAGAAGCCACUGGACCUGAAGCAGCUGAAGCAGCGGGCGGCCGCCAUCCCCCCCAUCGCCCCUAAAACCCAGGAGCCCUCGCGGGAAGAUGCGGCCCCAGCCUCGCUGCCCGCCCAGCACCUGCAGCCGGACCCCGACGCUCCCCAGCAGCCCGGUGGCAGCCCUCAGGGCACACGUGGCAGCCCUGCGCCCCUGGCAGACAAGGAGGAGAAGCCCGUGUUCCUGGCGGCCGAGGGCCAGAAGCUGCCCACUGAGCCCCUGUGCUGGGCCUCGGGCCUGGCCUUCCCCGUGCCCCCUCGAGAGGUGAUCAAGGUGUCCCCGCACGCCCCCGACCCUGCGGCCUUCUCCUGUGCCCCUCCCGGCCCUCCACUGCCCCUGGGCCUACAGGACAGCGCCCGGCCAGUGCUGCCGCGGCCGCCCACCAUCUCCAACCCACCGCCCCUCAUCUCCUCCACCAAGCACCCCGGUGUCCUCGAGAGACCCCUGGGCUUCAUCCAGUCGGGGCCGAUGCAGCUCCACGUGCCGUACUCGGAGCACGCCAAGGCCCCUGUGGGCCCCACUGCCAUCGGGCUGCCCCUGGCCAUGGACCCCAAGAAGCUGGUGCCAUUCAGCGGAGUGAAGCAGGAACAGCUGUCCCCCCGUGGCCAGGCCGGACCCCCGGAGAGCCUGGGGGUGCCCACGGCCCAGGAGACGUCCGUGCUGCGAGGGGCCUCCCUGGGCGCGGCGUCGGGAGGCAGCAUCACCAAAGGGACGCCCAGCACACGGCUGCCGGCCGAGAGCCCCGUCACCUACCGCGGCUCCAUCACACACGGCACCCCUGCAGACGUGCUGUACAAGGGGACCAUCACCAGGAUCCUGGGCGAGGACAGCCCCGGCCGCCUGGACCGCAGCAGGGACGACGGGCUGCCCAAGGGCCACGUCAUCUACGAGGGCAAGAAGGGCCACGUGCUGUCCUACGAGGGUGGGAUGUCUGUAUCCCAGUGCCCCAAGGAGGACGGCAGGAGCAGCUCGGGGCCCCCCCACGAGACGGCCGCCCCCAAGCGCACGUAUGACAUGAUGGAGGGUCGCGUGAGCCGGGCGGUGUCCUCGGCCAGCAUAGAAGGUCUUAUGGGCCGCGCCAUCCCGCCCGAGCGGCACAGCCCUCACCACCUCAAAGAGCAGCACCACAUUCGCGGCUCCAUCACGCAAGGGAUCCCACGGUCCUACGUAGAGGCCCAGGAGGACUAUCUGCGGCGGGAGCCCAAGCUCCUGAAACGCGAGGGCACCCCGCCGCCACCCCCGGCACCCCGGGACCUGGCUGAGGCCUACAAGACACGACCCCUGGAGGCCCUGGGGCCCCUGAAGCUGAAGCCGGCCCACGAGGGCCUGGUGGCUACCGUCAAGGAGGCCGGACGCUCCAUCCACGAGAUCCCGCGUGAGGAGCUGCGCCGCACGCCCGAGCUCCCUCUGGCCCCGCGUCCCCUCAAGGAGGGCUCCAUCACCCAGGGCACCCCGCUCAAGUACGACAGUGGCUCCAAGAAGCACGACGUGCGCUCCAUCAUCGGCAGCCCGGGCCGCACAUUCCCGCCCGUGCACCCCCUGGACGUGAUGGCCGACGCGCGGGCACUGGAGCGCGCCUGCUACGAGGAGAGCCUCAAGGGCCGACCCGGGACCGUGGGUAGCACCGGGGGCUCCAUCACGCGGGGUGCGCCCGUCAUCGUGCCCGAACUGGGCAAGCCACGCCAGAGCCCCCUGGCCUACGAGGACCACGGGGCACCCUUCACGGCCCACCUACCCAGAGGCUCGCCGGUGACCACCCGCGAGCCCACCCCACGCCUGCAGGAGGGCAGCCUCUCGUCCAGCAAGGCGCCCCAGGACCGCAAGCUGACGUCGACCCCCCGAGAGAUCGCCAAGUCCCCGCACAGCACUGUCCCUGAGCACCACCCGCACCCCAUCUCGCCCUACGAGCACCUGCUCCGGGGCGUGGACCUGUACCGCGGCCACAUCCCGCUGGCCUUCGACCCCACGUCCAUUCCCCGCGGAAUCUCCUUGGAUGCCGCCGCUGCUUAUUACCUGCCCCGGCACCUGGCUCCCAACCCCACCUACUCGCACCUGUACCCGCCGUACCUCAUCCGGGGCUACCCUGACACGGCGGCGCUGGAGAACCGGCAGACGAUCAUCAACGACUACAUCACCUCGCAGCAGAUGCACCAUAAUGCGGCCGCUGCCAUGGCCCAGCGUGCCGACAUGCUGCGGGGCCUGGCGCCCCGGGAGUCCUCCUUGGCCCUCAACUACGCCACCGGCCCCCGAGGCAUCAUCGACCUGUCCCAAGUGCCACACCUGCCCGUGCUGGUGCCCCCAACGCCAGGUGCGCCAGCCACGGCCAUGGACCGCCUCGCCUACCUGCCCACCGCGCCCCAGCAUUUCAGCAGCCGCCUCAGCAGCUCCCCACUCUCGCCAGGAGGCCCCACCCACUUGGCAAAGCCGACUGCCACCGCAUCCUCCGAGAGGGAGCGCGAGCGGGAGCGGGAGCGGUCAGUCCUCACUUCCACCACCACGGUGGAGCAUGCGCCCAUCUGGAGACCUGGUACGGAGCAGAGCAGCGGCAGCCGGCCCGCCUCCCACGCCCACCAGCACUCGCCCAUCUCUCCACGGACCCAGGACGCCGUGCAGCAGAGGCCCAGCGUCCUGCACAACACGGGCAUGAAGGGCGUCGUCACCUCCGUGGAGCCCAGCACGCCCACGGUCCUGAGGUGGGCCAGGUCCACCGCCACCUCCUCGCCCGUGCGCCCCGCUGCCACAUUCCCGCCUGCCGCCCACUGCCCGCUGGGCAGCGCCCUGGACGGGGUCUACCCCCCGCUCACGGAGCCCGUCCUGCUGGCCAAGGAGGCGCCGCGGGGGGCCCGGCCCGAGCGGGCCCGAGCGGACCCCGGCCACGCCUUCCUCAGCAAAGCCCCCGCACGCCCAGGGCUGGAGCCCGCCUCGCCCCCCGGCAAGGGCCCCGAGCCGCGGCCCCCCGCGCCCCCCGCCGCCGCACGCACCCCCGCCAAGAGCCUCGCGCCGCACCUCGCCAGCCCGGAGCCCCCAGCGCCGCCUGCCUCGGCCGCAGACCCGCACCGGGAAAAGACUCAAAGUAAACCCUUUUCCAUCCAGGAACUGGAGCUCCGCUCUCUGGGUAAGACCACCCUGACGGCGGCCACCUUCAUAGACGCAAUAAUCAUGCGUCAAAUCGCGCACGAUAAGGGGCCGCGAGAAGGAGGCCCGGCCGCCGGCUCCCCGCGCGACGGCUACCACGGUGGCGGUGCCGGCAGCUACAGCCCCGACGGGGUGGAGCCUGUGAGCCCCGUGAGCUCCCCCCACGACAAGGGGCUCCCCAAGCACCUGGAGGAGCUGGACAAGAGCCACCUGCCGGGCGAGCUGCGGCACAAGCAGUCAGGCCCCGGGAAGGUCAGCGCUGAGGCCACCCACCUCCCGCACCUGCGGCCGCUGCCAGAGAGCCAGGCUGCCGGCUCCCUGCUGCCACCCACGCCCGGGGCCAAGGGCCACCAGCGGGUCGUCACUCUGGCACAGCACAUCAGUGAGGUGAUCACGCAGGACUACACACGCCACCACCCCCAGCAGCUCAGUGCGCCCCUGCCCGCCCCCCUCUACUCCUUCCCCGGAGCCAGCUGCCCCGUCCUGGACCUCCGCCGCCCACCCAGUGACCUCUAUCUCCCACCCCCCGAGCACGGCGCCCCUGCUCGCGGCUCCCCCCACAGCGAAGGGGGCAAGAGGUCCCCAGAGCCCAGCAAGACGUCCGCCCUGGGCACUGGUGAGGACGCCAUGGAGCCCGUGUCCCCCCCGGAGGGCCUGGCUGAGCCCGGGCACCCCCGUAGCGCCGUGUACCCACUGCUGUACCGAGAUGGGGAGCAGGCCGAGCCCAGGAUGGGCUCCAAGUCCCCGGGCAGCAGCGGCCAGCCGCCCGCCUUCUUCAGCAAGCUGACCGAGAGCAAUUCGGCCAUGGUGAAGUCCAAGAAGCAGGAGAUCAACAAGAAGCUGAGCACCCACAACCGCAAUGAGCCCGAGUAUAAUAUCGGCCAGCCAGGCACCGAGAUCUUCAACAUGCCUGCCAUCACCGGCACAGGCCUUAUGACCUGCCGGAGCCAGGCGGUGCAGGAGCACGCCAGCACCAACAUGGGGCUGGAGGCCAUAAUUAGAAAGGCGCUCAUGGGUAAAUAUGACCACUGGGAGGAGCACCCGCUCGGCGCCAAUGCUUUUAACCCUCUGAGCGGCAGUGCCGGCCUGCCCGCUGCUAUGCCCGUAACCGCUGCCGACGGACGGAGCGACCACGCGCGCACCUCGCCAGGUGGCGGCGCGAAGGCCAAAGUGUCGGGGCGGCCCAGCAGCCGCAAGGCCAAGUCCCCCGCCCCGGGCCUGGCGUCGGGGGAGCGGCCGCCGUCCGUGUCCUCCGUGCACUCGGAGGGGGACUGCAACCGCCGGACCCCGCUCACCAACCGCGUGUGGGAGGACCGGCCCUCGUCGGCAGGCUCCACGCCGUUCCCCUACAACCCACUGAUCAUGCGGCUGCAGGCGGGCGCCAUGGCCUCGCCGCCGCCACCCGGCCUCCCCGCGGGCAGCGGGCCCCUGGCCGGCCCCCACCACGGCUGGGAGGAGGAGCCCAAGCCGCUGCUGUGCUCCCAGUACGAGACGCUCUCCGACAGCGAGUGACCGGCCGCGCGGCCUGGAGGAACCGGAGGCCGCGACUCCCCGCCGAGGAAGGAGCCCUGAGUCUGCCUGCGAGCCGCCGCCGCCGCCCGCCCCGUCCAGAGCCGGCCUCCUUGCCUGUCUAAAGCCUUAACUACGAUUCCCGCCCCGGGCUGGCCCUGUGCAGUGACCUUACUCAGGGGAUGUUUACCUGGUGCUCGGGAGGGGGGGGGCCGCGGAGGGGGCGCGGCGGGCAGGGGUGGCCACAUGCCCGCGGCCGGGGCAGCCAGGGACCCAAAGCCGGAUGACCACGCACCUCCCACGCCACUGCCUCCCCCUAAUGCAUUUGGAACCAAAGUCUAAACUGAGCUCGCAGCCCCCCCACCCCGUUCCCUUUGUCCACCCCCAUCCUGCUUAGCGCUCUGGACAGUCGGACGCAGGCCUGUCCAGCCCCCAGCGCGCUCAGUGCCCAGACUGCCCUGGCGCGUGGCGCUGGGGGUGGCGGCAGUGUGGAUGGUGUAUUGGUUUACAGGGUCUAUUUUUGGUACCUUCGAUGAAUGGAUUCAGAUGUUUUACGCCAGAAGGACUUACCCAGCGUCACUGCGGCUCUGCUUUCCGUCUGCUUAGCAUACAGCGGUGUGCGCGGGCUGCAGGUGGUGACCCCAGAACCCAAGGGGGCCGGGGUGCCCUGCCGCCUGCCUCCCUCCCCGGGCAGAAUGAACUUGAUGGGAUCCUGUGACCGCCUUGCGCUCGCAGGCGGCGUUCUCAUUUACACACAUUCUUCUCAUUAAAAGCGAAUAUACUCAAGCCAC